CUCAUUUACAGUUCAGUAAAUGAAUGCAUUACAAUUCAAGUAUAAACUAUUAUCUUCCUGUUGUCAUCUGACAUUUUCCAUAGAUUACAGUGAAGCCAUUCUGAUAUAGCCGUUUGACAGCCUUUAAAAAUUUAAUAUGGUGCAUAAUCCAAAGAUAACAACCACCGACAAUGCUGUAGUAGGUUGUUCGGCCCUGUGAGCAUGGUGCCAUAUCCCAGUAGAGUGAAGCUGCCAACCACUGUGAUCUAUAUACUUUGUUUAUUUCUGCAUCUGGGUAUUUCAUGUGGUUAUCAUGUGCAAUCAUGCUGAGUAAUGUCAUGUGUUAGCUCUCAAGAGGAGAAUAAGAAGAUUUUCUUAUUAGUAAGUUUAGACAACAUUCCAAGUGUAAGAAGAUCACUUUGGCUUCAAUGGAGAGAAGGCACAUCCUCCAAGAUAUGUCCAUCCUCUGCCUCUCCCUCACCACUGUUUUCUGCUGCCUCUUUUGUGCUCAGACAUGUUCAGGAGCUCUGUCUGAAGUCUCAAAACAUGGUGGUCAUGGGGAGAUGCCAAGCUUGAGGAGGCUUUUGGAGAAGGAAAGAGAGAGCUCUACUAGGACUUUAGCACCUGUUUCUAGCCCGAACAAGACGAGUAGUAGCAUUGCCCCUUCCCCAGCUUCAAAAGGGAACAGCACCAGAACCAAGGCCAAGCCCCUUGCAAGUGCCAUACCAGGGCAAAGUUGGUGUGUAGCAUUGAGCAGUGUUCCUGAUCAGAACUUGCAGGUUGCCCUGGAUUAUGCCUGUGGGGUUGGGGGUGCUGACUGUACACCAGUCCAGCAAGGGGGCAGUUGCUUUCAACCUGAUACUUUAGCCUCCCAUGCCUCCUUCGCGUUUAACAGUUACUAUCAGAAGAAUGGGAUGGCUCAAGGAACCUGUGAUUUUGGUGGGUCUGGAGUGACCACCUCGACAGAUCCAAGCUAUGGCACCUGCCAAUAUUCAUUAAGUGGAGGUUUAUCAUUGACCAACGCUACUACUACUACACCCGGGACAAAUGUGGGUUUUGUACCACCAUACGUACCAACCAUGGGUGGAGCAGUUUCAAUCAUUAUCAAUCUGGAACUUUUGCUAUCAUUGACAUCUGUGCUGGUGGCUGUAUUAGUAUUCUCGGAUCCAUAUUAAAAGAUACGAUGAUAAAGCUGCUUAAUUGUAUUCAGCAAAAUUUUGUUAUUAAUGCAGGAAGACUGCAUAUGUUUACAGGCUGUAUCACUGGUCCACAGGCACAGCUGAGAUCUCAGGCAGUAAGGGAAGUUGUAAAUGGAAAUGCCAACUGGAAAGUUGUGUUUCUAUGGACUCUUAAUUUCAGUUACGUUAGUCACUUGAAAUCUGAGAUAAUCGUUAAUGUUUAUAAAGAUAUGGUAUUAAUCUAGAUUUUUUAAUUCUA